AUGGCAACCAAACUAGGAUCGGACAUCUCACUGAUCCAACAUGAGGAUGUGUUACUGGAAAUGGUACGACAUCGUUAAAUUUGUUUAAAAAAAACUAGUUCUUUUUUUUCUUUUUUUUUUAGUUGCGACAAACCGAGGACUUUGGUAAAAAGAAAGAAAUUCGUAUGAGGAUUCAUGAACUUCGAAAACAACGACUAAACGAAUUUUACACAAGAGAAAUGAUUCAAAUAAAAACUACAUCGAAACGCUCAUCGACGGAAUCUAUUACGGAUCAAAAAUUUAUGACGAUGAAAACGAAAGUGAUUGGAGAUUCUGAAUCACCCACAGAAGUGUACCAGAAAAAAUCAAAUGCUAAUACUAAUUUUCCAGUUAAAGAAGUAAAAUCAAAAAAAAAAUUUAAUAUUGUAAAACAAAGUACAAUAAUAAAUAGAACCAGUACUAUAAUACCCCAAGACAAAUCCCCUGUACCAGAUGUAAAACCAAAAGAAAAGUCUCCAGUUAAACUGCGAGAAAAUUGUUCAGUUAAAGAAAUAAAACCAUCUUUCGAAGAUGACAUUAAAAAAAUAGACAUUGAAGUUCACGAUACGUCAACGAAUGCAAACACACAGACCCCCACUUUAAUNUGAAAAUAACGAUGUUGUUGAAAAAUUAGCUAGGGCUACAGAAACUUUAGAAAGGAGUACGACCAAAAGUCCUGAAAGGAAACUACUAAUAGAUUUUAAAGUUGAUACGAGUAGAAAUUAUCAUGAACAAUACACAGCCACCACGACCAAACAACGAACCACCACUACUGCUGAGACUGAAUUUGGUGUGACAACAAAACCUGCAUUAGUACCAAAAGAUACACCAACUAUAAUUCAAUCAACUAAAAUUCAUAUUACUGACGAUGAAAUGCAGAUUGAAAAAAUAUUUGAUUUGCAAAUUUUAGAAAUUAUGGUAAAUAUACAAAUAUAAUAAUAAGCAGGGCUCGGAUUUUAUAAUACUAAAAAUAACUGAAAUAUGCGUUAUAAUAUAACCUAACAAGUCUUGGAAAUUAGCGUUAUAAUAUAUCCUAAAAUGUUUAAAAUAAGCUAUAGAAUCUCACAAAAACAUGAAAAAUGGUUAAAAAGAAAAUCUGAUACUAGAGAUAGGUGUGGCCACUACUGUAGGUGGUUAGUUGGGAAGGUGGGAUUCAUAAAGUUAUUUAAUUGAUACUUGUUACCUACGAUAAACAACGAUUGCUGACGAAAAACAAUUCGGAGCGAAGUUCAGUUGUACAUUUUAUGAAAGGCCGUAAUAUUUACGAUUUUUAUUAAAAUUUGUUUUUAAAACUUAUAAAAAAAAUAUAAUAAAAAAUACUACAUUAUACUCCUUUUUUUUUCAAGUAGAACUUAUAAAUCGUCUAUCAAAUUUUCAAUCAUUUCUGUUAAGUCUUAAACAUUUUAUCCAUGGAGUAUCUACCGAAUAAAAAUGACGUAAAAACUAUCAAAAUUAAAAUGUCUAUAAAUAGUUUAAAAAGGAAUCAAAUGGCCUCUUUUCGUUUUUCUAUUGAAGCAAUUUGUAUGGUAGAAGAUAACCGAACAAUUUUAAAUAAUAAAAUCAUAGCUCCGUAAUUUGAAAAAAAAACGUAUUUUUUGAUUUUUCCAAUUCUUUUGAAAAAUAUUUUGGAUUUUAAAAAUUACCUUUUCUAACGGUGACUGUAAUAUGUUAAAAGGAACAAAAACGAUCUCUUGUCAACUUUUAAUAGGAGCAAUAUUUCUGGUAGAAAACAUAAGUAGUAUAAAUUCAAGACAAUGAAAUUGGUAACGUUGCGGCGUACCGUAAAUAUUUUCCGUUUUAUCUAUAAUUUUCUUUCCGGAUUUUUCCAAUUAUUACGAAAACCCAUUGGAAAAUAAAAAAAUAACAUUUCUAAUACAUCAACUAGAAAAAAUUUCCUUUCAGAAAAGGGACUAUACUGUAUAAUCAUCGGAGCUAAAUGUCUUUUUGAAAAGUUGUUUAUAGAUUGAAAAAAAAAGAAAAAACCACGCAUAGGAAUGCUAAGUUCCGAAUCUAAAAUAAUUUUGAUAUAAGAUCUAAACAUUUCUAUUUAUUUAUUUAUUUUUAAAAUUUAUUAAUCAAAUAAAAAUGCGUUGAACAAAUACAACAAUUUAUAAUUCGAUAUAUGUUUUUUACAUUUAUUACAUUUUGGUAUGUACUGGUUUAGCUUGAAAAGAUUGCGGGUUACGAUCGCAAAAGACGAAUAAUAGCCCAAAUACGAAUAGUUAAACGUCAACUUGAACCAUCGAAAAUUGGAAAGGAUACAACAAACACCAUAAGUCGUGUAUCGAAGGUAUAGAAUUUCAUCAUUUUUAUUAGUAAACAAAAUAUCUAGUUUAUUACUACUAUUUAAUACUACUUACUACUAUUUAUACACUGCCCAUUGAUUGUAUAGACCGUUCGAGAUGGUUCGCCAGCUAAGUUACAAAAACGAAAUAACAGUAAAACCGUACACGAAGUUGAUUUCGUGAACUCGAAUCAGAUUGAUAACAAAUCUGUGGGGGGAAAAAAUACUAAGGACAAGUUUGAAAGUAUCCUAAAAAUAUUUCGUCAAGAAAGUUUUGAUCAAAAUAGUAGGCGUUCGUCUAAAGAAUCAAAUGGAUAUGAAAAAAUUGAAGGAUCGCCACAAUCUACGCCAAGAUCAAAUUUUGUACGUGGAGAUUCCAUCAAAGCACUUCAACACAAGUUCCAGCAAGCCACUGGUAAUUGUUAAUAGUAAUUUUAUAAAGUUCAUUAUACUUGUGUAUAGUUUUAAAUAUGUGUGUGUGUAUCAGUUUCGUCUAGUUUUAAACAGAAUAAUUCUACUAAAUCCAAAUCACCUAAUACUGUAAGACAAACCAAAGUUCAAACAGUCAUUAACAAAUUGAAUUUAUCGAAAACCGAUGAUUCGAUUUUCCUCCACAACAAUUCAAAAGCAACUGGUAUACAAGAUGUAUUAACCAAAAUGCGAAAUGCUGAUUUAGGUAAUAAAACCACCAAGAGAAAAUAAAAUACCUAUUGAUAUUUAUUCGGAGUUCUUUUUAUGGUUAAUAUCAGCAUCUUUGCCCACUUACGAGCGAAGAUAUUGAAGCUCGUGCAUUAUCCAACAAGAUUUUAGGUGCAUCAGUAAUUCCUCAUGGAAUGGAACAAGGAGAAAUGUCUCCGAUUUCUAAUCAAACUGCAACGAAAAGCAGUGCUUCACUUAUAAACCAGGUUGAAAAACAAAGAGCUCAG